AUGCUUUUAGGAACGAAUAAUGGCAUGUUUGUCAGUUUCUGUUAUAGAUGCAUGGAUUUUGACCAAUGGUAGUAAGAAUGAAGUUGGUCCAAGGUUAGUUGGUGAAGUUGUUUAUAAAAAUAAAUUGAAAAAUAAACGAAAUACAGCCGGCAAUAACAUAAAUAUAAGAGAGGAAAAAAAUAUUUAUGCAAUCGGUGUAUCGAAUUGGGCAAAUAUAAAAAAUCGUGAAGAGUUAAUACGUUCAGAAAAAAAGAUUGAGGCAUCAGGCUUGAAGAAGCUUGGAGAAUUAAGCGAAAGCUUGGUGAAAAAGGCGAAAGCGGAUGGAAGUAAAGAAGACAAGGAAUCAUCACAGCGGAAAAAUGUACAGAAAAAGAAGAGGAUUGAUAGCAGACAAGAACUGGAACCGAAUCAUACACAGUUUAUUUUGUUUGACGAUGGGACAUUGAAGCCAUCGUAUGAAGAUCAUUAUCGGGAAAAUUUAGCACGAGUAAUAUCCUGUGGCGCACAAAGAGCAAGUAAGGUUUUGAAAUAG